AGCAAAAGUAAGAUAUUUAUUACAUAUAGAUUGUUACGAAAUAUUUUUUUAAUUACAGAUUUUUCCCCAUAUUCUUAAGAAAUGUUAUUGCAUCUCUUCGAUUUGACUAGACUAAGCAUCUUCUUCAGCUCUCAUUUUCUUCCCCUCCCCUAUCCUCCUUUCUCAUCCCCUCCUUCAGAUCAGAACAUGUCUAAAGUUAUUCCUCUGUAUUUGAUUGCUGCUACAUGUCAAAACAAAGUCCAGAAAAUAGUCAGAUGGAUACGACAUUAGCAUUGGUAUAACCUGGUCAAGCCACCCUCACCCAAAAUAAAUCUGUUUGGGUAGCAUUUUCAUAUACUCCAUCCCUAAAUUAAAGUCACUGUCUUUUUUGACUUCACAUAGUGUAAGCCACAUUCUUUUCCCUAACAGGAAAUGUAGAAGUUUGGCUUUAAUUUUUGGAAACCAAAAAUGGACAUUGUGACUUUAAUUUAGGGACGGAAGGAAUAUAUUUCUCCCUUACAAAAAAACAAGUGAGAUUAUUGACAGGUAAAGAAUCGUGCGGUUGAACUUGCGAAGGCUAUGGAGAAUGAAGAUGGCGUGACAGGAGCAGUUACAGCCUUCUUCAAGCACCUUCCAACCAAAAAAUCUGAAACCAAGCAGGUCCCUUCACCUUCCCAUCCUUUCUCUAUAGGAAGAUGCUUUGGCUGCUCCUAGAUCGUUUGUCUGUAAGCUAAUGUACUGUUUAUAUUUGUGCUAUUGCUAGUAUCGUGUUUUUUCUCUCCUCCCCCUCGUCCCUGUUUUGUCAUAUGAGUAUAUCAAAUCCUUGGGGAGGGAGAUUCAAGACUACCAUCUUCGAUGUUCAAAAGUUGGCUUUCCCCAAUUUGUGUUGGUUUUUUUUUAACUUUUUCGAUUCCAUCAAAAUUUAAUGAAAAGUCUUUUUUGAGUAUUCCUCGGCACAAGUUUCUCGCUCUUAAAAUUUUAACAAUCUUGAUCUUGUGAUGAGACAUCACACAGUUUUAAAGGCCUCAUGUGCGAGGAAAUCAAAUGUGUCAAAUGUGAAUGGUAUAAACAUGUGUUGGUUGUCAAGGCACACUCUCUCCUGUUUGAUCACUUUGCAUGAAGCAACUUUUAACGCAACUUGGCCCACCAUGAGAACACCAGUCCCCAAACCUACAAGGUUAAGUUUGAUCAUCGCAUUUCUAGCUCUCGUCAGGCUGUUAUAUCUAAAUAAUGCUUCUGCAUUCAGCAGCAAGAGAUUAAUAAAUGGUGAACCCCAGCACGUGGAAGGUGUAGAUGACCCAGAGGCAAUCGCAUUGAUGGUGUCCACGAGCAUUCACAAUGCUACGGAGAGGAGAAAAUUGGGAUACUUUUCGUGCGCGACUGGGAACCCCAUAGACGACUGCUGGCGUUGCGACCCCAACUGGCAGCAGAACCGCAAGCGGUUGGCCGACUGCGCCAUCGGCUUCGGCCGGAACGCGAUCGGCGGCCGCGACGGGGCAAUGUACGUGGUCACGGACCCGAGCGACGACGACCCGGUCAGCCCGAAGCCCGGGACGCUGCGGCACGCGGUCAUCCAAGUGGAGCCGCUGUGGAUCGUGUUCGAGAGGGACAUGGUGAUCACGUUGAAAGAGGAGCUGAUCAUGAACAGCUUCAAGACGAUCGAUGCCCGCGGGGCCCACGUGCACGUGGCGGACGGGGCCUGUCUCACGCUCCAGUUCAUCACCAACGUCAUCAUCCAUGGGCUCCACAUCCACGACUGCAAGCCCACGGGGAACGCCAUGGUCCGCAGCUCACCGAGUCACUUUGGUUGGAGGACGAUGGCCGAUGGCGACGGCAUUUCUAUUUUUGAGUCUAGCCACAUAUGGAUUGACCAUAACUCACUGUCUAACUGUGCUGAUGGGCUCAUUGAUGCUAUUAUGGGAUCAACAGCCAUCACCAUCUCCAACAAUUACUUCACCCACCACAAUGAGGUCAUGUUGUUAGGGCACAGUGACUCCUACUCUAAAGACAAGGAUAUGCAGGUCACAAUUGCUUACAACCAUUUUGGGGAGGGGCUUAUUCAAAGAAUGCCCAGGUGUAGGUUUGGAUACUUCCAUGUGGUGAACAAUGACUACACACAUUGGGAGAUGUAUGCCAUUGGUGGGAGUUCCAACCCCACAAUCAACAGCCAAGGCAACAGAUUCCUAGCCCCCACCAACCCUUUUGCCAAAGAGGUGACUAAGAGGGUAAACACAUCUAACGGCGUUUGGGAGGGAUGGAAUUGGAAAUCGGAAGGGGACCUUAUGCUAAAUGGAGCUUACUUCACUCCGUCUGGAAGUGGGGCUUCAAGUACCUACGCCAAGGCCUCUAGCUUGGCGGCCAAGCCCUCUUCCUUAGUGGGCACUCUUACUUAUGAUGCCGGUGUCCUAUCUUGCCGUCCUGGCAACCAAUGCUGAUCUCAUUAAGAGCCUGUUUUGCAACUUCAGCGUUUUGAAAAAAACUAUCUAAUGGCAGCGUUUAGCUUUAGCGUUUUCAAAGUUAAUCUGCACCAUUAAGAAGUUAGCAAAAAUGCUAAAUUGAAAGCAUUGUUCCCAAACAAGACCUAAAUACUGCAGGGAACAUCUUGUGAAAUUACACAUUUUUAGGCUUAUAAUAGAUUGAUUCAACACAACCAACCUCGGAUUCUUUUUGGUAAGUAAUCUAGGGGAAAUUUGUCCAAAACCUCUUCCACCCAUGAUUCCUAAACAUGGCUUGCACAUUGUUAUGUAUCAAAAGUCCAAUGGAUGGGUAGAAUCAAACACAGGCAGAGAGGGAGAAUGAUACAGAAGCUCAAUUUUCUUGUUUUUUUACAUGUUCAGCUUUCAUGAAAAUGAACUCCUGAAGAUAUA